AUGAAGUUGAGUUCCUUGAUCGAGACUUGUUUCGCCCUUAGUUGGUCGCAGGAAACUCUGGCUGCAACACAGACAAAGAUCUUCGCGCCUACUGUCACUGUUAAAAACGGCACGUAUGCUGGAGUCUAUAACAAGCAAUAUGACCAGGACUACUUUCUUGGGCUUCCUUUUGCUCAGGCAAGUUCUCAUAAUAAUCCUCCAGAACGGUUCUCAGUAGCCCAAGGGCUCAAUACUUCCUGGGAUGGAGUCCGAAACGUCACCGAGUUACCAGUUCACUGCUAUGGAUAUGGUUCUGACCAAGAUGGAUACAAGCAAUCCGAAGACUGUCUCUACCUAAACGUCAUUCGACCCGCGAACCUGAAAACCACCGCGAAUAUUCCCGUGGCCGUUUGGGUUCACGGAGGAGGCCUUUUUCAGGGCGGUGCUUCGGACUUACGAUAUAACCUGUCUUUCAUCGUUGAGCAGAGCGUUGCUCUUGGCACACCUAUCAUCGGGGUCAGUUUUAACUACCGUCUUUCUGCAUUCGGAUUCAUCGUUGGAAAGGAGGUUCUGAAAGAGGGUGCUACUAAUAUCGGGUUCCGCGAUCAAAGACUUGCACUUCAUUGGGUCCAGGAGAACAUCAAGGCUUUUGGUGGUGAUCCUGACAAGGUCACUAUAUUUGGAGAGAGUUCAGGUGCCGAGAGUAUAGCAGCACAGGUUCUUGCAUACAAUGGUCGCGAUGAUGGUCUAUUCAGAGGAGCUAUCGGCCAGUCUGGCUUCGGUGCCCCCCUUCCUCGAUAUCGUGGCGGCUACAACGCAACUGAAGCGAUGCAAGCUACAUACGAUAGAUUCGUUGGCAAGGUCCCAUCAUGCGCCGAUUUGAAAGGAUCAGAUAAAUCUCUGCCUUGCUUGAGAAAAGCGCCUUUUGACGAAAUCAACAGUGCCAUACGGGCCAUCAACACCGGUCUUGACUGGUCCCCAGUCCUGGAUGGAGAUUUCAUUGCAGAUUACAACACUAACCAAUUUGAAAACGGGAAAUUUGUCAAAGUGCCGCUUCUUAUAGGUGCCAACACAGAUGAAGGGACGGCCUUUGGUAGAAAUAGAACACCCGAUGGUGGCAACGUUAAUACCGAUGAAGAUAUGAGGGAUGCUAUCGGAGCUGGAAUCCCACCUCAUGCAGAAGACACCGCGGGGCAGACGGCUGAAGAGCUUACUGAUGAGUUGAUGGAGUUGUACCCCAAUGAUCAAAGAGUUGGAAUACCAUCUUUGGAGUCUUGGCCACAUAUCAUCAAACCGAACGAUUCGUACGCUGAGGUACACGGAGCUCAAUAUCGUCGAUCAUGUGCUCUGUUCGGAGACCUUAUCAUUCAAUAUCAGAGAAGACGCGCGAACAAGUUCUGGGCCAAACAUGGGAUUCCCAAUUAUGCGUACCGCUUCAACAUCAAGCCCAAUGGACAACCAGAGUAUGCUGGGGUCACCCAUUUCCAAGAGGUUGCUUUUGUGUUAUAUAAUAUCCUCGGGGACGGAUACAAUCGCAAACCUUUUGGUGGUGAAGGAUCAUAUCCAGAGAAUGCCAAGGCAAUGUCAAAGACUAUCAGCACUGCAUGGAUCAACUUCUUCAAUACUCUCGACCCCAACGGAAAGACAGGGGAGGAGAUUUUCAGUGGCAAGGAAUGGCCUGCUUAUGACUUGUCUGAUGGUCCUGAUGGAGAGGGUAUCGUUUUCAAUAUCAACGGGUCCGAUAUUGAAGUAGAUGAUUGGAGAUCUGGUGGAAUGGAGUGGAUGGCUGAGCACGCUUUGGACGUUUUUGGUAACUAG